UCGAAGGAGUAAGAUGACAAAAAUUUAAUCGGUUGCUCGGCUCGAAGGGGGUUCCAUCCGAAUCUCUCGCAUGGGAGAAUCAAAGCCUGAUACCGCUGAAAGCAACAAACAAAGCUGCAAAAAUGGUCAAACAUGGUCUUCGUUGUCAUAUCUCAAACGGCGCGAGUUAUUCGGGAUUGCUGAGCGAAGCGACAUUGUUUCUUCAAAAUAUUACAAACAUUUUGCCUUAAGGAAGAUUUGGGAUCCAGAAGAUAGACCAAAUGACGAUGUACAUGGAGCCAUUUUCAAUGUGGAAUUUUCACCUAGUGGCGAUCUUCUUGUCGCGGCGUGCGAAAAACACAGCUUGCUUUUCUUUGAUCCUCUUAGCCAACGGUUAGUGAAGACUAUACGGUCGGCUCAUGGUGAUUGCGUAAAUUGUGUGCGUUUUCUGGACACCAGGAUCUUUGUAACAUGUUCUGAUGAUACCACUAUAGCUCUUUGGGACUCUAGGAAUCUAAAAAGUAAGGUUCUUAGCUUAGAAGGGCACUCGAAUUGGGUCAAAAGUGUUGAAUACCACCGACCAUCCGGCCUUCUUGUGACGUCGGCAUUCGAUGAUACCGUGAGGACAUGGGACAUAAACAGGUACUCCAGUGGAGAUGGAGUGAGUAAUCAAAACAACAAGAUUGUUCUUCAGUUUUCCAAUUUAAUUCGAAUGAAACUGUGCCCCGAUGGAUCCAAAAUGAUCAUCUCGGCCAUUCCUGGAAACUUACUGGUACUGCAUAAUUUAAACCUUGAUAACUUACAGUAUGACAUCGAAGGAGAAGAGUAUCCAUUCUGGAGUGCCUCGGAAUCUUCACUCGUUAGCUAUGCUAGUCAUCGAUGGCCAAGUAAGGAGCGUAACGCCCUGGAGAUGGUUCAAGAUUUCCCAGAUGAAUGUUUGCCCUGGUGUAUUUCAUCUUUAGAAGUUCAUCCUCAUGGCUGGUGUACUCUUGCACGAUACACAUGCAAGAAAUCAAGAAAUGAGUGGACUGUUCUUCAUGACAUUCAGGAUGUCGCUGAUAUGAGGGGUGGUGAAGACAAUGCAACUCCUUCACGUCGCCUUACCUACAGUAUUAAGGAACCCAAUGUAGCCAGGGGUUACAUAAAAGAACAUUGUUUUAGCAGUGAUGGAAGAAUCAUUUGUUCACCAUUUGGCAAUUCUGCCAGAAUCCUUGGUUUUAGUAAACAUUGUGAAGAACUGGCAACUUGUGUUCAGGAGACACCUUCAGAGCUGUGCGAUUUAAAAACACUUAUCAGUCAUAAACAUGCUGUUGUGACUUGUAGGUUUUCACCAACUCACUCUCUUCUCUCUUUGGGUUGUUUAGGUGGCAAAGUAAGCUUUUACCAACCUAAACUUUGAAGCUACUGAGCUUGAAGAUAUUCCUCUUGUUAUUUGUGUGUUGGAAAAUAUGUAAGAACAUUGCUUUCAAUAAAAAUCUUCCAUUGAGCUACCUAAAAAUGAUUGUGUACUGUUAAGUUUCUGAAUCAAUG